CGCGUCCCCAGCCGCUCCAAUUGCAGAGGCGAGGAGGAGGAGGAGGCGGCAACAGAAGAAGAAGAAGCGUCGGCGUGAGACGUGAGAGACGCGAGAGACGAGAGGCCGGACACCCGAGGAGGAGACGGAGACCGAAGGAGGAGAGAGGGGACAGUGAUGAGAGGCGCGAACAUGGCCGCGCCGCUGGCCCACUUCGACGAGGACUGGCAGGACUUCAACGAGUUCAAGGCGCCGCUCACGGCCGCCGCCUCCUCCAAGCUCGACGAUUCGCUCAACUCGAACGCCGCCGACGCCGCCGCCGACGAGGACGACGAUGACGGCGGCGAUGUUCGUGGUGGCGGUGGUGGUGGCGAUGCGUGUGGUGGUGGAGCCGGGGUGGUGAAGGUGGCCUGCUCAAGCUCGGAGGAGCUGGGCGAGCUGGUGGACAACUUCUCUGGAGAUUUGGGCUGCAGCUUCCAGUCGAUGGAGGACCUGGUGAGCGGCUUCGAGGAGCAGCUGACCGCCUGCUUCAGGAACUUCAACGCCCCCACCGAGGCGCUGGCCCCGGUGCGAGCCCUGGGCGAGGCGGACGGGCUCCGAGACGACGAGCUGUGGAACAAGGUGACGGACAACUACGGGAAUGUCAUGCCCGUGGACUGGAGCAGCUCUCACACAAGGACACUUUAUUUGCCAACGCUCAACCUCAACCAGAAGAAGGAGAAGGAGGGUGUUAACCUGGAUCUCUCUGACGACGAGGAGCUACGCGAUCAGUUGGACAUGCACUCCAUCAUCGUGUCCUGCAUGCAGCCAGAGGAGCCGCUCUUCACCGCCGAGCAGGUGAUUGAGGAGCUCGAGGAGAUGAUGCAGGAGUCGCCAGACCCAGAGCCAGAGGGUGUGCCGACACCAGGCCAGUCCGACCGCCUCUCACUGCUCUCCCUGGAGGUGGCAGCUCUCAAGCAGUCUCCCGUGUCUGACAAGGGUGCGCCGGCUGACGCGCUUAAGGGCCUGUCUGUGGCCCGGCUCAUGGAGAUGCUGGAGGACAUGGAGACAGCAGUUCGCACGUUUUCUGAGGAACUCAUCCAGCAGCUUGCGCUGAGGGACGAGCUCGAGUUCGAGAAGGAGGUGAAGAAUAGCUUCAUCGCCGCCCUGGUGGAGGUGCAGAACAAGCAGAAGGAGUUCCGAGACAUCAUGAAGAAGAAGAGGAGAAGCAAUGGUGCCUCGCCAAGCCACCGCCGUGACAAGGGGACCAUUGCGCCUGGCACAUACUUGACGACCGUGAUCCCGUAUGAAGACAAGGAAGAGCCACCAUCUGUCCAGCAGCUGCAGGUCCUCAUUAAGAUCUUGAAAGCAAUGAAGGAUGACAGUGACAGAGUUCCCAGCUUGCUAACCGACUACAUUCUAAAAGCAGUCAUGUGAUAGCGGAACAACAUGAGGGCACUGUGGUACCUCUGCCCUGCCCUAAGUGCUGUGUCCUACGUAAGCUGUCGUGCCCUGGAACACCCACACAUGAAGCAAAGUCACUCAUCUCAAAAUUCCAUCGCUGUUAACUUGGCUCCAUUCCAGCAGCAGGUGCUAAUCCGGCCCUACUCUUCACAGCAAGCACAUUGACAGCGAAGGGCACAGCUGCACCUACAACUGUCCUCCUUCCCAUACGAUCGGUGAUGUCUGUCACAGAGUAGAGUUGAUGAUUAUUCCGACGUCCGUGAUACUGAUGGAGGCAGGAGUGUCAAUGCCCUCACCCCUGUGGAAAUGGAGCCAACCUUCCAGCUAUUGAUUGUCAAUGCUCCCCUUUUUACUGAUAUCAAAUGUUUUACAAAUCAAAGCUUUUAAAAGUCAAACUUUGUUACCAGGUUAGAAAACGUGUUACAUAGGUGGCAUAAUUAUUAAUAGAGCAGAUAUUUUAAUAUUAGUGCAUGGCCGUCUGCGUGUGUGUGUGUGUGCGCUUCUCUGCUUGUUAUAUAACUGGUAUAUAUGUAAGAACAACAUCUUCACAGUAUUUUUCUUCUUUAUCUAUGAAAGAGCUGUUGGUAAUACUACAUUACAUUAUGAUUAUUAUCUUGAAUUGUAAUUGUACGUAAUGAAUUGUGUUUAAACAAGAAGCUAAAUCAGGUCUGGACUGCCAAGCUCAGUGCCAAAAUAACAGUACAGGGCAACUCUUUAUAUUUUUUGUUUUUUAAACAAACAUGCAUGUUUCAAGUACUGUAUACUGAAUCCCCCAGUUGUGUCUUGCCACACACGCUGAUGGCCGUAGCAAAGGAACCUCCAUCUGGUACAUGUGGCUUCAUCAUGUCACCUUGAUGUGGCUCUUUAAGCAUUGGCCUUCAGUGUUGAUUUUUUUUUUUGCUAUACCACAACACUCAUCAUCAGUGUGCUUAACUGAAGCAUCAUAGGGUUUAGCAAACCAUUUCUUACGACCCACCGCUUGCUUUGAUUACUGGCUGGAGCCCUUUAUCAGUCCACUCCUGGAUUGAAGGUGCUUACCACUGUGCCACCACUCCACCAUGGAUAGGGUAGAGAGACUUUUCCUUUGAAUCGGUGCACUGCAUACCUUGUGCUAUGCACACAGAUGCACACGUUAUAUCUAUGUUCUAAUCACUCUAAACUACGUCAUGUGUGAUACACACACAUCAUUUGUUUUUCUUGAAUUGGCAGUCUGUCGAAAAGGCAAUUUUUCAAGUGCAUGACGUAUAAAUUUCGAUUUAAAGCUUUCAUGACUGCAGGGAUUCAUAUUAUUGGUUCUUUCGUUAAAGUCACGUAGAAGGGAAAUAAUAAAAUAAUACAAAUAAAACUUUAAUUCUCACGACGUUUCGAUUGCAACACAAACAAUCAUCAUCAGGUGUGAAAACCACAGCAAGAACAUUUGUGGUUUUCACACCUGAUGAUUGCUUGAGUUGAAAUCAAAUCGUCGUGAGACGAUUCGAUUUCGAAAGAACCAAGAAUAUGCAUGACGUUUGUCACAACCUAAUUUUGUACAUGAACUGAGGUGCUUUGUGCCCGUGGAAAGGCGUACUGUGGUGGAGAGUGAGGACCAUAGUUUGGGAAACGUUGCUGUGAAGAAACCACAAAUAGACCCCGAAAGAUUGUCUCCGUUAAUUCUGUGACAAUACCAAGCUGAUCGCGGGUCAGUGUUGCAUUGCUCAUCCUUGCUCAGCUGACUAGGUGCAAGUGCUUGUGAACCCCCCCCUCCCCCUCCAUCUGCUUAAUCGCACAAUUUCAAUAUUGUUCGUUUGGAGUGGUUUUCAGUGCAAGUAUAAUUUAAAAGCAAGGUUGGAUAAAUAAAUAAUAAUAAAUGUGCUCAUAAAACGCUUCUUAGCUGUUAAGUUUUAGUCUGGCUGUUCUGAGAUUGCAGUACAAUAUGUGGAUGGCGAGAUGUGAAUACAAACAUCUUCGGUGGUCAGCCGUCUUGCGGUAAUAAAUCAACGAUGUUAUGCAGUAGAGCUACUGUAUAGCCAUCAAAGAAACAACAAUUCACAAAGGACAUAUACGUAAUUAUAUACUCUGUAUCUUUAAUAUUAAAAACCAGGGCUUUACAAGCAGUUAAUCUUCACGUCUGUGUAUAACACUUCGGUAAAAAGAACACUUGGCUUCCAUUUUAAUAUGUUCAUGUCACUUUCGUUGUUUUCUAUCUGUUUCUAUGAAAUACAAUACAUGGUUAAUAAAACUUAGUUUGUUUUUAAACACUUUUGUUAAAACUAGAAAAUUAGUGAGCAGCUGUAGAACUAAUGGUAAUUUGUCAGAUUUGCGACUUCAACCAGAUUCAAUUGAGAUGUUAUCAACUGAAACCGUUGCAAAUGGAACAGUAUUAUGGCAGAGUUGAUCAAUGGGAACACAAUGGAGUCAUUACAUGUUAUAUUUAUUGUAUUUGUUAGAUUGCGUUAAUGUCGGCAUUAUUUUGCAGAUGUUUAUUUGUAUCGGAGUAUGCUCCAUAUAACCUGUUACAAACAUUCUUCAAACAUUUGAAACUAAUGCUUCAAAUUGGGUCUCCCGUUGAAUUGACGUGGCCACACUAAUUGAGGCAGAGAUUUACAUUGCAGUGGUCAACGGGUUUGAUGUAGACUUUAGUCUGGGCAAUUUAGCCACGACCUACGAAAUUAAAAUUAUGUUGAUGUGAAAUGGGUCUAAUCAGCUGUGUGGCACUGUCGUGUUUUACAUAUUAGCAGUUUAAUUUGUGCUGUGAUGUCAAGUGGUAUUUGCUUAAAUUAAUUCCACGUUAUUAAUGUGCAAUAACUUUUGUUCAAAUAUGCCUCAUUGCAAGUUCUUUUUAAUUUACAUUUUGUCUUUUUGUGUCUUUGUGUCCAUUAGAUGUUUAAAUUAUGAACUAUUUGUAAGUGGUUGAAUGUGUUUUAUGGCGUGAACAUUGAAACUCGGUUGACAUCAGUUGCCAGUGGUUUAAUUCGAAGGACAUUUUGAAAGUGUAAAUGUAAUGCGUAGAGGGAAGUGCAGGUUUUGUUUAUUUUAAAGGUUGGACACAAACAUCUGAAGAAUUUGGUGUGGAGUGUUGGAAUUUCAGAUUGGAAAGCAGAGAUUAUGGACGUUGAAUAGAUGAAUGUCACAGUCCAGUAUUGCAAUUGUUUUAAUGUACACAACAUAGCCAGUGAGCAAGAUUAAUGCAUCAAUUUUAUGCAUAUGCAAAAGCAUCGUUUGACAUAACGCCAGUUUAUAGUCGUAUAGAGUUGAAGUAAGCAUAAUGAACUAUUACUCGAUAAUAAACGUAUGUUUAGGAUUAGCACGCUAAAUGAUAUACAAGCAUAUUUAAUCUGAACAAAAGCAUUCUGGGAGAUAUAUUUAUCUUUGGGAUCCUUAACUUGCGGUUUCAUUAUAUGCAUUCUGAAUUGCAGAAUGCUUGGCGAAUUUCCGUGUAUUUAUCACCUUGCCGUCUUCAUAGAUCAAAACUAAGGACCACGCAGUUAAAUUAAUUUUGCUGUGCAUGUAAUUGCUAUAAUGUGAGUCAUGUAACAAUAUAUGUCGUGAAUGAUUGCUUUUAUUUGUGGAGACAAUAGCAUGAAUAAAACUUUGUAUAAAGCUGCAA